CGCCGGCGCUCCCGCCAGGCUCCGCAGCCGUGCAGCUUCCCCGGCCCCAACGACCCCACCGGAAACCGGAUCCUCUGCAACCGCAGCCAGCCACGGUGCCCGCCGCCGCAUCGUAUCGUCCUGGCUGGCAGCGGCACGGUGCCACCCGCUCCCUCCCCCGGGCCGCCGCAGAGGAUCUCGUGCCCGGACGCCCUGCCGCGCCGCACCAACGGUAUAUAUACGGGCCAGAGUCGCAGCUCGAUGAUCAUCAGUCCACCGCAACCUUCACGCCUCACGCAGCUCCACCACCUCGAGUCCUCAUCAGACCUCAGCUCGCCGACGCGCAUGGCGGGCUACGGCAACGACGGCGUCGACCUCACCGAGCUCACGCUGGGGCCGCCCGGCGUCAACGCGCGCAAGGCGAGGCGAGCCAGGAAGAACGGGCAGCCGCCGUCGUCAUCCGCCAGCAUGCAGGCGUUCGUGAAGGUGAGCAUGGACGGGACGCCGUACCUGAGGAAGGUGGACGUCGCGGCGUACGACGACUACGGCGAGCUCGUGGAGGCGCUCAACGAGAUGUUCUGCUGCUGCUCCAUCGGGCUGAUGGACGGGUACGGCGAGUGGGAGCACGCCGUGGUGUACGAGGACGGCGACGGCGACUGGAUGCUCGUCGGCGACGUGCCGUGGGAGAUGUUUGUGACCUCGUGCAAGAGGAUGCGGGUGAUGCGAUCGUGCGAGGCGAGAGGGCUGAGCUCGAACGCGUGACAGGGAUGCCGGGCGCGCCGCACGACGUCGAUAUCAGAACGGCAGAUUCAGCACGUGUACUAGGGCAUCAUGCAUCCGAACUGAACUCUCACUGUUGCACAUAGCUCAAGUGGCCACCAAGCUGACGAAGGCGAUGGCGCAAUUCUGAACGAAGCAGUGCAAGUACGAUUCCAUCUGCAGAAAGAAAGACUGCAAGUGGAGAAUAAAUGUUAGUUGACGCCGCCGGAACCGUACGAUCUCCCCCCGCUUGCUGCUCCUCGCAUGAGCCGGAUACGGUUGACUUCCCUGCGAUCCAAAUAUUUUAGUAGCUCCGAUGAUCGAUGCUCCUCCCUACGGAUCACUCCUAACAAACACCUUGCUGUUCUUGUUUUUUUUUU